AUGCGCAUCUUCCUGCUCAAGCCGACCGACGAUUCGAAGAGCUUCUGCGAGCUGAUCAUGUUCAUGGCCCAGGUGUCGCACUGCUACAAGGAGGAACUGAAGACCCUGCCCACGCAGGUGGCCGACAUGCUGGACCAGCAUGGGCAGAUCCUGGCCCCCCCGGUCCGGCGCGUCAUGGUCCAGGCGCUGAUCCUGCUGCGCAACAAGAACCUCAUCUCCUCGGUCCAAAUCCUCGAGCUCUUCUUCAAGCUCUUCCGCUGCAAGGACAAGGCCCUCCGCUCGAUGCUCUUCACGCACAUCGUCACGGACAUCCGCCAGCAGAACGACCAGCGCCGGAACAACCAGCUGAACCGCGUCCUGCAGAAUUACAUGUACACCAUGAUCGAGGACCGCGAUGACACCGCGGCCACCAAGUCCCUGGAGAUCAUGAUCGCCCUGUACAAGAAGAAUGUGUGGAACGACGAGAAGACCGUCAACAUCAUCGCCAACGCCUGCCUGUCCAGCCGGCCGAAGGUGGCCACCAUCGCCCUGCACUUCUUCCUCUCCAGCGACGAGGAGCCCGAGAAGGAGGAUGACGAUGAUGAGGACAUCGACCUGCGCGCGGUCCAGUUCCGCAACCGUGUGACCAAGAAGACCAAGAAGAAGGCCACGCAGCUGAAGCGCGCCAAGGCCACCAUGCUGAAGCGCAACCGCCGGAAGAACCGCGCGGAGACCUUCAACUUCUCGGCCUUCCACCUGAUCAAUGACCCGCAGGGCUUCGCCGAGAAGCUCCUGGCCAAGGUCCGGUCCAGCAAUGCCAUCUUCUCGCUGCGCCUGCUCAUCUUCAACCUGAUCUCGCGCCUGGUGGGUGUGCACCAGCUGCUGCUGCUGAAUUUCUACUCCUUCCUCCAGCGCUACAUCAAGCCACACCAAGAGGGUGCGCCCAUCCGCCCGGCCUCUUUCUCCGCCUCCGCCCUCGUGGCCGGUCGCCCCCUUCCCCGUGCUGCCUUGCUUGUGCUCAACUCCAUCCGCGAGAUCGUGGCCCGCUGCCCGCUGGCCAUGACCGAGGAGAUUGCCCGGGACCUGGCUCGGUUUAAGACGUACCGCGACAAGGGCGUCAUGACGGCGGCCAAGUCCCUGAUCAACCUCCUGCGCGAGGUGAACCCCCUGCUGCUGCACAAGCGCGACCGCGGCAAGACCGCCCAGGAGAACAUCAAGACCUUCCAGGCGCCGGUGUACGGUGACACCGGUGUCAUGGACUUCGUGCCGGGCGCCGACCUGCUGGGCAACCUGUCGGACUUCGAUGACGAGGACAACGACGCCGCGUGGGAUGUCCAGUCGGAGUCGGACUCCGACUCGGACGACGGCGAGUGGAUCGACGUCCACCACUCGGACGAUGAGGACCACAUUGUCCUGUCGUCGGAUGGCGAGCUGGCCGGCGACAAUGACGAUGAUGAUGACGACGACGAGGAGGAGGAUGCGGAUCUGGCGCAGCUGCUGGGCAGCGCGGCCCGCAAGGCCAAGGCCGCGGCCAGCGAGCUGGAUGCCCUCCUGGCCGUCGGGUCCGACGAUGAGGACAUCCUCCUCAGCGACGAGGAGCCCGGCGGCAAGGCCAAGGCCGCCAAGAAGAAGGCCGCCCCCUCGGCCGCCGACUCUGAGGUCAACCCGAAGAAGCGCCCGAUCUCCCAGCUGAUGGAGGCCAAUCGCAUCCUCACCCCGGCCGACUUUGCGGCCAUCAAGCAGCGCAAGGCCGAGGGCGACCUCGACGCGGCCACCGGCAAGAAGGCCAAGCGCCGGCGCAACACCGCCAUCGACCCCACUCGGACCACCUACGAGGAGGCCGUCAACCCGGAGUCGCUCAUGGCCUACACCAAGCGCCAGCGCGCCACCAAGGAGGAGCGCCUGGCCGCGGCCGACGCCGGGCGCGAGGGCCGCGAGAAGUACGCCUCCCGCAAGGGCACCAAGGCGCACGUGGGCAAGACCAACCUGGCCAACUCCAAGAACAAGCCCUUCGCCAUGCUUCGGCAGAAGGCCGAGGUCCGGGGGAAGAACCUGCGGAGUUUCCACGAGCGCCAGCUGGCCGAGCGCGACAUGCGCGAGAAGCGCCUCAAGGGCGGCUAAGCCCCGCGGGCUUCCCCCCGGCCCUGGCUCUUGCCCCACUAGAAGAAGAAGAAGAAGAAGAAG